UUUAUAUCAGUCCAUUAGCUCAGUUGGUCAAUUGAGAAGAUUAGUACAGAUGCAUGAAAAUCUAGUGCAGGAGUUACAGAAAUCUGACAAGUCUCGGCCACCGGUCGGCCGUCGUUCGAUACAUAGUCUGGAGGAAUCGCGCCCUGAAAGCGAUCAAGAAGAGUAUGAGGAUAUCAGCGUAGAGGCCAUUCAAAGUUCGACGGCUAAGCGUUCUUGUUGGAAUUGUGAGGAGCUUGGACAUGUGUGGGAAAAUUGUAUGGCAGAUAGGCGGAUAUUUUGUUACGGCUGUGGAGCUCCGAAUGUCUAUAAGCCGCAGUGCCAAACAUGCAUUCGUAGAGCUUCGGAAAACCGUCAGAAGGGUGCAUCCAACAACAGCCGGAUGCCCCCAAAAAACCACCAUUAAUCUUGCCCGUUGACUUAG